AUGAAGACGCUCGACGAUCAGCAACUCGCCACCCUCGCCGGGCCGUACUUUGCGCCCGAAGGACUUUAUCAGUACAUCAAAUCCCUACCUUUCUUAGGCAGCAUCGAAUGCGAUAGAACGUCCCUCGUCGCUGGGGAAUGGACCGAGCUCUUGAUCACUUAUACGGUGGGAGGGAGUGGUCUUGCUGAUGGAGGGUGGAUUAAGGGGACUUUUGUAUUCUAUUCCGACUGGGCCCUCUUCCAAACCUCCUCCCGCACGAAGGACAACUACAUCUCCGCCGAGUACAUUCCAAACGCCCUUCUACCCGGCCAAACGCCCGCGACGGUACAAUCACUCUCCAUCCGCUUCGACCAGAAGGGCCACGAGCGGCCAUUUCAGAAAGCCAUCAUCAUCGACAUCGUAGAUGGGUAUCUCAACCCGGGCGACAAGAUUCUGAUUCGCCUGGGCGAUCGAAGGUGGGGUGGUAGGGGCACGAGGGUGCAGACGUUUGUGGAGGAGGGGUGGAGGAUGCGGUGGUAUGUGGAUCCUGUGGGGACGUCGAGGUUUGCGAGGGUGAAGCCGGAUUUGGUUUUGGGGGUUGAGGCUGGGGAGGGGGAGAGGGCUAAGGUGGUGAGUCCGAGGGUUGCGAGGGGUGGGGAGGGGUUUGUGGUUAGGGUUCGGGUUGAGGAUCGGUGGGGGAAUGUUACUGUUGAUGGGAAGGGGUUGAAGGGGUGGGUGAGGGUUGUGAGGGCGGAUGGGGAGAGGGGGGAGGUUUGGAAGGGGACUGUGGUGUUGAGCGAGGAGGGGUGGACGUAUGGGUCUGCGAGGCUGACGAUUGCUGGAGAGGGUCCGUACAUCAUCGAGGUGUCCAUCGUCGACCACCUUGGCAAGAGCCUACAGACCACCUCCUCCUACCUCACAAUCGACUCCACCCUCCCCAUCCCCCGAAUCCUCUUCGCCGACCUCCACGUCCACUCCGACGACACCGUCGGCACAAACUCCACAGCCUACAACUUCUCCUACGCCCAACAUAUCGCCGGGCUCGACAUAAUCGGCUACACCGCCAACGAUUUCAACAUCACCUCCGCCGCCUGGACCAAAACCCUCUCCCUGAUCCGCUCCAUCAACAAACCCGGCGAGUUGGUCGUCUACCCCGGCACUGAAUGGUGCGGCAACUCCGCCGCCGGCGGCGACCACAAUGUGGUUUUUCUCGAUGAUCCACAAACCUCCACGCCUGAAUUCCCCCUUGAUCGAAACGGCAACGUCGCGCGAAGUUUCGAAUGGAACGAAGACGGGCCUGCGGAACUGGUCCCCGGAGCUUGGCCUUUAGACGAAGUCUACGCGACGUACGCGCAUGCUCCCGAGUCGCAUCUCUUAAUCCCGCAUGUCGGUGGGAGGAGAUGUAAUCUUGCGUGGCAUCAUCCUCAGCUGGAACGCUUGCUGGAGGUGGGAAGUGCAUGGGGGCAUUUCGAGUGGCUGCUUCAAGAUUCUGUUCGAUGGGGGUGGAAGAUGGGCGUUUGCGCCAAUUCAGACGAGCAUCGUGGACGGUGUGGGGGAGGUGUCCCUGGGACGGCGGUGUUUGGGACGAAAGGGGGCUUGACAGGGGUUUUGGCUGAGAGGUUGGAUGCUGGGACUGUGGCGAGGGCUCUUCGGGCGAGGAGGACGUUUGCGACGACGGGGGAGAGGUUGGUCGGGUUGGUUUCUGCUGAGGGUGGGGAGAAGAUGCAGGGUGAUGAUUUGCUUGUGAAGGAGGGAGAGGUGGUCAGGCUGAAAUAUGCGUUUUAUGGCCAAGAGGGAUUCGAGUCGAUUGAGGCGUGGGACGCAACUGGACGUUUCUGGCAUCGCAAUCUUCGCAACGAGGCUGCAUCAUCUCAGCCUGUGCUGAUCGUCAAAUGGGGCGGUGCCCGCCUCUACGAUCGCUACCGAGAAGCAGUCUGGGACGGCACCAUCUCCAUCAGCGGGACCACAAACAUAGCCAGCAUCAAGCCCUUCGGAGGAGUCCUCGACGUGCCUGAGGAAGUUAUCGAACAGACCACACCCAACGAGAUCCACUUCCAAACCCGCACGAGCGGCGACUUCGACGGCGUGGUCAUCAUACUCGCCAACCCAGACCUCCUUCAAAAACCAUCCCCAAUCAAGAUCCGCAUCUCAGGCACACUCUCCGGCUACGUCAAAGUCGGCGAUCCUCUCCUCGGCAACCCACACAAACCACAACCUAAUUUUCAAUACUCAGCCUCAGCGCAAGAGGCUGCACGGGAAGGCGGCAAAAUCCUGGACAUCGAAGGCGGCGUUGGGCUUUUCGUUUCGACGGAAGUCGUUGCUGAUGCUCCGCUGCCGAGAGAUGUUCGAGGGGAGGUUGUGGUGCAAGGGAAGGGGAAGGGCGAGAAGCAGGCUGUUUAUUUUGUCGGGAGGGAGUGGAGUGGUGGGAAGGUUAUUACUAGUCCGGUGUUUGUGGAGUGGGAGUAG